GUGACAUCAUCAAUCAUGAUAAACUUUUUCUACAACACAAGAUAUUUGUUUUGUAGACUGAAGGCAUAUGCUCGGAAUGAUGAUUUCCGUGGCACUGUCAUCCAUCUUCCUGAGCCACUUGAUGCAAGGUGGCCAUCAUCAGGAUUUAGGCAGCUUCUCCCUAAGCAUCAAAACAACCUACCUCCAAUCUCCAAGGAGCUGACAGAGGGAUACUUUGUUUUCCGCAUGGCUGAAGAUAAUCAGGCUGUCAGUGACUUAAAGUCUAUGGAGAAGGGGGCAAGGAUGUUCUCAGCCAACAGGGUCCUCGCUUGCAGCGUGUAUUUUGAGGGAUCAUCCACUUACUUCAGUGGAAUUGUUGGUGCUUCUAUGAAGAAUAAGGUCAGCUACAACUAUAAAAUAAAGGUGGACAAGACAGGUGCUCCCGUUAUCUCCCACUGUGAGUGUCCUGCAGGGAAGGGUCCCCAUGCUACUUGCAAGCACAUAGCAGCAGUCCUGAUCAUGGCAGAGCACUUUGUUGCAACAGGCAGUCUUCAUGUGGAGAAGAGCUGCACAGAGAAUCUUCAGACUUUCCACAAACCAAAAUCCACUUACAAAGGUUCUCCAGUGAAAGCAGAGUCUCUACCUUCAAAGCGGAAGUGGUCAGACAAGAUGUUGGAAGACCCGCGUCCACCAAAAUACAGAAGGAUGGCUGGCUUUGAUGACCAUGUUCGUAAUAUGAUGGUAAACUUUUGCUCAGCAACUUCUGAAGACCUUGCACUGAAAUAUUUACAUCCAAAGGCUGACCUACAGACUGCAGUGAAGGACCAUGACUAUCUGGACAAGCCCUUUUCAGAGUACUGGGUUGAUAGGGCAUUGCAGGUCACAGAAGAUGAUGCUGUCCAGAUAGAGAAGAGUACCAGGGACCAAGGCAAUAAUCAAAGAUGGCAUAGGGAGAGGAAGUGGCGACUAACAGCAUCACGGUUCGGAGAAGUCACCAAAAUGACAAGUAGAAGAAAUAAAAAGAAACUAUGUCAUUCACUUUUAUAUGGCCAAACAUGUACAAGACCUAUGAUACAUGGUAAACAGUAUGAAAAAAGCUAUUAA